GUUCUCUUCCGGGUUAUGGCGCCCGGGUACCCCGGAUGUAGCCCUAGCAAAAGCAUCUCUUCGUUUUUUCCCCCGCCUCCCCUGGAGCCCCAGCUUGGGGAAACCUCCUCUGUCCCGUCAUGCCAAAGAGGAAGGUGACCUUCCAGGGCGUGGGAGAUGAGGAUGAGGAGAGUGAAAUCAGUGUACCCAAGAAGAAGCUAGUGGACCCUGUAGUAGGGGCAGGAGGUCCUGGGAGCCGCUUCAAAGGGAAACACUCUUUGGACAGUGAUGAGGAGGAUGACGAUGAGGAAGGAUCCAGCAAAUAUGACAUUCUGGCCUCAGAGGAUGUGGAGGGUCAGGAAGCGGCCACACUCCCCAGUGAGGGGGGUGUGAGAAUCACGCCCUUCAACCUGCAGGAAGAGAUGGAGGAAGGUCACUUUGAUGCUGAUGGCAAUUACUUCUUAAACCGGGAAGCUCAGAUCCGAGACAGCUGGCUGGACAACAUUGACUGGGUGAAGAUCAGGGAGCGACCACCGGAUCAGCACCAGGCCUCAGACUCAGAGGAGGACAGCCCAGGCCAGACACCAAUGAGUGCCCAAGCUCUCUUGGAAGGCCUUUUGGAACUGCUGUUACCGAAGGAGACGGUUGCUGGGGCAUUGAGGCGUCUGGGGGCCCGAGGAGGAGGCAAAGGGGACAGCAAGGGGCCUAGGCGACCCAGCUCCCCUCAGCGCCUAGACCGGCUCUCAGGGUUGGCCGACCAGAUGGUGGCCCGGGGUAACCUAGGUGUGUACCAGGAGACUCGGGAACGGUUGGCCAUGCGACUGAAGGGGCUGGGGUGCCGGACCCAGGGAUCCCAUGAUCCCGCACCCCCACCUUCUUUGGACAUGUUUGCUGAAGAAUUGGCAGAGGGGGAGCUGGAGAAUGCAACCCCUGCCCAAGGAGGAGGAGCAGAGGCGCCAGGGGAUGGUCUGGUGGAUGUGAUGUGGGAAUAUAAGUGGGAGAACACAGGGGAUGCGGAGCUGUACGGACCCUUUACCAGCGCCCAGAUGCAGACUUGGGUGAAUGAAGGCUACUUCUCAGAUGGUGUUUAUUGCCGGAAGCUGGAUCCCCCUGGCGGUCAGUUCUACAACUCCAAACGCAUUGACUUUGACCUCUACACCUGAGCCUGCUGAGGGCCCAGUUUCGUGGCACCUUCUUUCCUGGACUCUUUGGAGGAGGCCCCAGCUGUCCCAGGCAAUGAGGACACUGGGGGCCACUUCUCAACUUCCCUUCCCCAAUAAAAGCCUUUAAUUGUGUA